ACUUUUGUUGCCCUCCUUGAGUUUCGUGGUUCUGCCGUCAUCGACCGCAAACCCUUUCUAGGGUUUUCAGCGUCCCCCUUUUCUUUAAUUUUCUAGGGUUUUCGAUUCUUCUUCGUUCUUCACUCUCUCUCUCUCUUUUUGAUAUCAAUGGAUUCCUUUGGCGCUGGUCGGAAGAGGGGGAGACCUGAUGCGGCUAAUGGAAAUGGUGGAUUUGCUGGAUCUAAGCGAUCUAAAGAAAUGGACGCACAAUCUGGUUUAGGAAGCAAAUCGAAGCCAUGCACCAAGUUUUUCAGCACGGCUGGUUGCCCAUUUGGCGAAGGCUGCCAUUUCCUGCACUUUGUACCUGGUGGAUACAAUGCCGUUGCCCAAAUGACAAACAUGGGAAACCCUGCACAUGCCCUACCACCCAGAGGCCCUAUGGGACCUUCUCCCAUUCCUGAUGCUCAUGGCCCACCGCCUGCUGUCAAGACUAAGAUGUGCAACAAGUACAACUCUGCAGAGGGCUGCAAAUUCGGUGACAAGUGUCAUUUUGCCCAUGGUGAGAGGGAGCUUGGCAAGCCAAUCCUUCCAUCUCAUGACGGUCCCAUGGGCCCUCCUCCGAUGGGUCCUGGACGAAUGGGAGGCCGUGGUAUGGAGCACCCCCCACCACCCACCGGCAUGGGUAUCCCUGGCAGCUUUGGUGCUUCAGCCACUGCAAAAAUCAGUGUGGAGUCCUCGCUUGCUGGAGCGAUCAUUGGAAAGGGUGGUGUGAACACCAAGCACAUCUGCCGUGUCACUGGAGCCAAGCUGGCUAUCCGGGAGCAUGAGUCUGAUGCUAAUCUGAAGAACAUUGAGCUCGAGGGAUCCUUCGAUCAGAUCAACAAAGCUAGUGCCAUGGUGCGGGAAUUGCUCAUGAGUAUUAGUGCUUCCGCUCCGAUGCCUAUGAAGAGCCACCAGGCUGCUGUUCCUCCGCAGUCUCAUCAUCAUCAUCAUGCAUCCAACAACUUCAAGACCAAGCUAUGUGAAAACUUUGCCAAGGGUUCCUGCACUUUUGGCGAUCGAUGCCAUUUUGCACACGGUGCAAGCGAGUUGCGCAAGACGGCUGUUUGAGAUGAUUGUUGGUUUUUGUUGAGUUUUAUUCUAGUUUGGUUUUUCUUGAAUGACAUAGAGAUUUAAGUCCUUUUUUAAUCUGUUUUAAGCAGUGAUUGCUAUUAAUUGCUAGAACAUCUAAGUUGCAUGCGGCUUGAAAUUUCAUAAACUGUUAGCUGUGAUGAAACCAUGUGAAAUGUCUUGUCUGAGCGGUUGUUACUCAGUCGUUUUGACUUCGUUU